GUGUACGGGUUGACCAAAGUGGGUUCGGGUUGUUUGGGUACGGAUUGAACGACACCAGAUUUCUACUACUAUAGAGAUCAGGGGUAGCCGCAUGCACCACCACCACCACCACCGGCACGCGUAGACCACUGUUGUUGAAUGAGCUAGUUGGCUAAGACGUUUUUGGCCGCGGGACAAUUUGUAAGUAUAUUUAUGACCUACAAAUUGGCCCUGCUUUUUGCUGUGGUUUGUACACAUUGUUAAAGAAAUUUGUGAAGAUGAAGGUUGCAGUAGAAGGAUGUGCACAUGGCGAGCUUGAUAAGAUAUAUGAAACUAUCCAAUAUCUGGAAAAGAAAGAGGAUAUAAAAGUUGACCUUCUACUCUGUUGCGGAGAUUUUCAGUCUGUAAGAAAUGAAGGGGAUCUGCAGUGCAUGGCAGUGCCAGAUAAAUAUAAAACCAUGAAUUCUUUUUAUAAGUAUUAUUCAGGUGAGAAAAAAGCACCAGUUUUGACAUUGUUUAUUGGAGGUAACCAUGAAGCAUCAAAUUAUUUACAAGAGCUGCCAUACGGAGGAUGGGUUGCCCCAAACAUUUACUACUUUGGAUAUGCAAGUGUUUUAAACUAUGGGGGCCUAAGGAUAGCUGGUUUAUCUGGUAUCUACAAGCAACACGACUACAAGAAGGGCCAUUUUGAAAAAGCACCUUACAACCGCAGCACAGCACGUAGUGCCUAUCAUAUUAGAAAUCUAGAAGUCUUCCGCUUCAAACAGUUGACUCAAUCACCUGACAUCAUACUUUCUCAUGAUUGGCCAAGGGGAAUUUAUCACCAUGGUAACAAGGACCAGAUUUUCCGCUUUAAACCAUUCAUGAAGGAUGAGAUUGAAACAACAACACUAGGGAGUCCUCCUGCAGAAGAGUUGCUACAUGAUCUACAGCCUGACUAUUGGUUUUCAGCCCAUCUUCAUAUCAAAUUCCCUGCCAUUGUUCGACAUCAGAACAAUGAUGGAGAAGAAAAGAAGACAAAAUUUCUUGCGCUGGACAAGUGUCUGCCAAGACGUCAAUUCCUUCAGGUGUUGGAGAUACCAAGCCAGGAAGAUGCGCCAUAUUCACUUUCUUAUGAUGCCGAAUGGCUAGCCAUACUUCAAGUCACUAAUGGAUUAAUGACAGCCUCGCCUAAGCUGGUUCAUAUGCCUGCUCCUGGUUACAAUGCCAAAUAUGACUACAGUGUCACUGCAGAACAGAUGGAUGUGGCGAGAAGUUCUAUGGGAGAUACGUUAAGGAUCCCUGAAAAUUUCACCAAAACAGCAGAAGCUUAUAAUCCAAGAAACUCAGUCGGAAGAGCACAACAGCCGAGUGCAUGUGUGAAUCCACAAACCACAGAAUUCUGUGCAAAGCUUGGACUCAAAGAUCCCUUCUUCCUUGGGGAUAGUGGAGACAAUUUUAAAAUUUCAAUGUCAGAUGAAGCUGCUGGUGAAACUUCAAUUAACGAAGAUUUUAUUGAUGAUACCAUUUUAGAGACAUCAGUAAAUCCUGAUGAAAUCUCGAUAAAUGAUGAUGAAGAUGAUGACGAUGAUGAUGAUGAUGACGACGACGACGACGACGAAGACGACGAAGAUGAUGAUGACGUUGAUGAAGAUGAUGACGAUGAACUAGUUAAAGAAGUUUCAAUUGAAGAAAAAAAGGUUUUGUUUUUGGAAGAUGAAUUUAAAGAGGAAGAAGAGGAGAUAUUAGCUGCCAUUAGAAGGAGAAGUGGAUCAACAUCCUGUAAAGAUCCCUUAUCAUUGGACACAAGUAGUGAUGUUCUGUUGCAAAGUGAAGUUGACAGUGACAUUGGUAGUACAGUACAUGACAUUGCAAACCUAACCGAUGCAGGUAAAACCUCAGCUGAUACAGAUACUGACCAUUCAACUUCCUCAUCUCUUGAGAAAUUUAAAAGACGCAAUGAAAGUGUAUAUUCAUCACAGGAUGAAGACACAGACUUUAGCUCUAGUUCAACCAGCCCGGGGGUAAAAAAGUUCAAGCGCAGAAACUUAAGCCUUUAUGAAAACAGAGAUGAAGACUUGUAAUUUUUAUCAAUUGUAAUAAACAAUCCAUAUUUGCCUCACAAAAAUGAUCUACCAUUAUGAAGGAACACAUAGUAGUUUUGGGAGAAUUUCAGUUUUCGAAAACUUUGAAGGUAUGUUAGUGCAUUUUCAUGUGGAUUUAUCAUUUACAGCUGGCACCUGGAAUAAUUUGCAUAUUAACCAUAUUCACCUUUUAAUGAAUUGCUUUGUAAUAAACUCAUUUAUUUAUUUGCUUUGUCCAUAAAUGUUUGCAUCCUAUAGUCAGCUGACACCUGAAAUAAUUUGCAUAUUAACCAUAUUCACCUUUUAAAUGUAUUGGGUUGUAAUAAUCUCAUUUAUUCAUUUGGUUUGUCCGUAAAUGUUUGCAUCCUAUAGUCUGUUCCACGGUGCAGAAUUUGGGUUACAUGGUCUGCAAAUGAACUGAUCUGUAAGAUAUAUUUGGUAGAUAUACAUGCUCCGCCAAAUGUACAGAGUCCUUAAACAUAUCCAUGGUUCCUUGGUAUAUAGUUCUUAAACUUACUAUUGCCUGCUAACAUAAUGUUAUGCUAAAUUUACUUUGGGGUAGGGAAAGUAGUUUGAAGUGGGGGAGGGGGUAAUCAAUAGUGUAGAUCUGCAGAAGUGUUUACUGAGGUUGGUAUUUGAAAAACAAUAACAACCUUGUACUUAUUAGUUUUUUACUGUUUUAUUACAUGAUCAAACAAUUGUUGAUUUUACAUAUGUACUUUAGUCAUUUCUUUUUAUGUAAUAAACUUUUUAAUUUUAAUAGAUAGGUA